AUGUUUUCCAGAUUGAGCCUGAUUCUGAUCGGAUCAGCGUACAUCUACUAUCAGGUCAACGCAGUAGGAAUGGUCACCAUCACAGCUCCAGAUGAUAUCGUGUGCUACAAGUCCAACCAUACACUGGAAUGCACAUAUGAGGGGACAGCAACCAGCACUGGCUGGAAGUUGAUCAGGGAACACAAGCAUUUGGAGCUCAAGAAUGGUACUGUGGUGACUCUAACCAAGUGCCAUAUCGAUUCGAAAAACAGUUCCUGUAUUGCAGUUAAACUCAAGGAAGUGACUGGCACCGGGUCAGGUACAUAUGAGUGUGAAUUCACUUUUGGGUCAGUCAAACACACAGCCAAGGCAGAGCUGAAUGUGGCACUCCUGCCUGAAGAGAUCACCAUGAAAAUUGAUCCACCUGUAGCAGACUGUUCAGACAGCAAUAACUUAGAAGUGCCUGUGAUUGUGAAUGUGACUGCUACAAUCCAAAAUAGCAAUGAGAGCUACAACGUUUCGUGGCAGUUCCCUGGAGCGGGGCUAAAUAAAGGAUCCAAACCAGCGUCGGAAAAAUGUUGCGCUGUACAUGACAAUUGGCCAAAAACCCCAGAAGGAGGUACAGUGAUUAAUCAGUGUGAAAACGGCAAGACUGGUUACAAGUCUCGUACUUGUGGUAAAGAUGGCGUGUGGCAAACAGUGUUCUCCUCCUGCAUCAGCACAGAGUUGAAGAAAGUUAUAGAUGCAGCAGAGGUCUUCAAGACGGGCAUAGGGGCUACACAGGAAGCAGCCAUGUGGAUCUUUGGAUCACUUAAGAACACCACUUCAUCUGAAUCCAGUGACGACUAUGCUGGAAUCAAUGCUUCUAUCAGCAUAAUAAAUAUAAUGGCCUCUGGAUCAGAAAACAUCACCUUGAAGGAAGAAGUCUUUGAUGAUUUUCUUAAUGUAGCGAGCAAUUUAUUGACCAACAACUGGACCGGAGUCAACUCAUCUAUAACAUAUGACAUGUCAUCACAAUACCUUUACAGUGUGGAGAAUCUGGUGAAGAACAUCCAAGUGAACAACACUUUGAAUAUCUACAAACCAAACUUGGACCUCAAGGUCUCAAAAGGGGACUGUAAUAUCUCGGUGUUUGAUGUGACUGUUAAACUCACCGAGACUGGCGGUCAGUUCAAAACUGUUGGUGUGAGAAAUCUGAUGGAUAAAUUAAAUAACAGUUUUAAACCAACAUCAACAGUUCUGCAUAACCUUUUACUAAUAGUCACAAAGAACAGCAGUUCUUCUACCGAGAUUACAAUGGACUUCCCCAUCAAGAAGCUGAACAACGCACAAAAACUACACUGUGUCUUCUGGGACACCAAUAUAAAGGACUGGUCAGAAACAGGUUGCAGAGUUGAACGUGAUAGUAAUCACAGUGAUGGCAAUCACACACUCUGCAAGUGCAACCACCUGACUUCAUUCGCUGUCCUCAUGUCCAAGUCCGAUACACCUAACCUCGACCUAGAUACCAUUACCUAUGUUGGCCUGGCAGUGUCCAUCUGCUCUCUGGUGAUCCUCCUCAUCAUUGAGGCUCUCGUGUGGUCAGUUGUGGUCAAGACUGAUCUCUCAUAUUUCCGUCACACAGCACUGGUGAACAUCGCCGUGUUCCUCUUGCUCGCUGACUGCAGUUUUUUGGCAUCUAUGUCACCUGAGAAUCUCAGUGCUCACUGGUGCUUAAUUUUGACCUUAUGCAAACACCUAUUUUAUUUGGCCAUGUUCAGCUGGAUGCUGUGCAUGAGCGUCAUGCUCACCCACCGUCUCAUCUUUGUCUUCAGCCCUCUAAGGAAAACAGUCUUUAUGUUCCUAUCCAGUAUCGUAGGCUACGGUUGCCCAGUUCUCAUUGUGGGAAUCAGCUAUGUGUAUUUCAGAUACAACGAGAAGGAAUACUAUAACAAGAAAACAUGCUGGCUAGUUUUUGAUGGAACCUUGGAUGGCUCAUUGUAUGCUUUCCUCCUCCCUGUGGGAACUGUUAUUUUCACAAAUCUUUUUUCCAUGGCGGUCGUCAUUUUUACUCUGUUGAAGUCCUCCGCCCCUGAUGGCAGCAAGUCGGAUGAGAGGGAGACAUUUAAGAGCAUCAUUAGAGUGUUGAUCUUUUUAACACCAGUUUUCGGAGUAACAUGGGGUAUUGGCUUCAUUCUGCAAAUAUUCAAUAAGGACCACGAGGCAUACCCUUUUCUUGAAUACAGUUUCACCAUCAUCAAUUCCUUCCAGGGCUUUUUCGUGAUGUUAACAGGGGUUUUUGCAGAGCCAAAGGCCGAGCUGGACCCCCUGGCGGGCCAUAUGUUUGACACCCCUGGAUUAGAUCAACUCAAGAAUAAUCGAGAUCUCACCGCUGAAAUAUGA